GCACCGGCACUUUCUGAGCUGGAUUCCCACUCCCCUCCUCCCCCUGCACUUGGAGUGUAGCCGAGAAGGCUCUGAAAACGGAUUUAACAACCCCUUAAGUCUAGAGUCUUUGAGGAACACUGCACAACACGAACGUUAAGGCAGUCGAGAUCAUGAGUCUGAUUCUUCACUCUAGUCCAGCGUGAGGUGAGAGGACCCAGACUGCUGUAGGCAUCUCCUAGUGGAUGCUCCAUCCAAGAUGGCUGCCCUCAUCACUGAAAACUUCCGCUUCCUUUCUCUGUUCUUCAAAAGCAAAGAUGUGAUGAUCUUCAAUGGCCUGGUGGCCCUGGGCACGGUGGGCAGCCAGGAACUCUUCUCUGUGGUCGCCUUCCACUGCCCCUGUUCUCCGGCCAGGAACUACAUCUAUGGACUUGCUGCCAUCGGAGUCCCAGCCCUGGCCCUGUUCCUCAUCGGCGUCAUCUGGAACAACCACACCUGGAAUUUGGUGGCCGAGUGCCACAAGAGGGGGGCCAAGAACUUCUCGGCCGCAGCCACCUUCCUGCUCUUUGGCUCCAUCAUAGGCCGGGCUGCCGUGGCCCCUGUCACCUGGUCGGUCAUCUCACUGCUCCGCGGAGAAGCCUACGUCUGUGCCCUCAGUGAAUUUGUGGAUCCUGCCUCCCUAGAUAAAUUUCCAGCCAGCUAUGGACCGGAGACCCUGGCCAGGUUCCCUUGUAAGGACAUUCCCGGGAACUUGACAAGUUUUAAGGAAGAAGUUAUAAGAAGACUAAGAUACGAGUCGCAGCUCUUUGGAUGGCUGCUCAUUGGGGUCAUCGCAGUCUUGGUUUUCCUCACCAAGUGCCUGAAGCACUGCUGCUCGCCGCUCAGCUACCGGCAAGAGGGCUACUGGUCCCAGUACCGCUCUAGCGAGGCCAAGCUCUUCGAGCGCACCGCCGAAGUUCACUCCAAGAUCCUGGCUGCCAACAACGUCAAGCAGUUCUUCGGCUUCGUGGCUCUGAAUAAGGAGGAGAAGGAGCUAGUGCAGGAGUUCCCAGUGGAGGGCGUCCAGCCAAGCCCGCAGUGGAACGCCAUCACCGGGGUCUAUAUCUACCGGGAAAAUAAGGGCUUCCCACUCUACAGCCGGCUCCAUAAGUGGGCCAAAGGGGUGGAGGGGAACUGGUCAGGGCCUGAUGGUCAGGAAAUGGUCUUCCUAGCCACAUAAGAGAACCAGCAGCCCAGGGGGAUGACAGAACCAGUUCCCCACACCAUCUUUAUGAUAUGGAGAUAUACCUAUCUCAGAGAACUUGAAGGGACCUUGAAA